UCCUUUGAAUGCAAGUGGCGCGGUAUGGGAAGUUUCAUGCACAGUGCUGUUCGUUCCAUUGUAGGAGUGUAAAUUCGGCAUUUGUCAAUGCAUGUGUUCAGCAAAAAAGCGUUUGUUUUGGUCAGCGUGUGGAAGCAUUAUUGCUAGCUAAAUUACAUUAUGUUUCUACUUGGGCACAGUCAUUGGUUCCUUUCUAAGGUUAUUUGGUGGAGAGCUGCUGCCAGCACUGCAUGGACAGUGUUGCUGUUACCAGUCACCACAGCUUUGUUCAUAGUUUUGAGCAAAGCUAGUUUGUUCCAUCCCAUCCAGUGGAUUUCUGAAUCCGUGAGUCUCUUCUAUGGCUCCUACGUCAUUUUCUGUCUCCUCAUCCUUACUGCGGUUGUGCUGUUUGUUGGGUUCUUCAACCUGGAAUAUUACACCGUGGUGCCCUCCAUCCCUUGCACCAGGAUAGCCCUGUUGGGAAAAGUGCUUCAUCCUCAGCAGUUUGUCCACUCGUUGGCCCAUUGCAUGAUGGGCAUGGUGGUGGCAUGGUGUGCGUCUGUGAUGAUCGGAGGGAGAUAUAAAUUCAUAGCCUCCCCAUGCACUGAGGAUAGCGGUGGCAGUGCUCAUCAGAUGUGUCUAAAUGAGUAUCAUCUCUUCUUGCUAUUGGCUGGAGCCUUUAUUGGAUACAGUUACAGCCUUCUUGGAGUGGUUAGAAAUAUGAACUAUGUUUCAUUUCACACCGUACAGCAGUUCAAGUACCUGCGUUUCAAGGGAGCACUGCCUCUGGUUGUGAAGUACAGUGCAGUUCAGUCGUUGUAUUCAUUACGGAACUAUUGCAUUUUCUAUUUUUUCUUCGGAUAUGUGCCCAGAGCCUGGAUUUGUACUACAAUGAACCUUCAUAAAAACAGCUCUGUCACUGCCCUGGACACAGUCGCUGGACUCCUGGACCUCUCCUUGCUUUACCAUCUGUGGAUCAGUGGCACCUUCCUUCUGGUCAUCUGGUACACCACCAUGCUUCUCUUCAAGAUUUACAUCAGUGAGGCGUACAGUGUACCUGUGCAGUCAUCAUUUUCUGAGGACAUAUUCCAAUGCCUUCCUGCAGUUUUAAGUGGCAAAGAACCAAUGAUUUUAAAGUUUUUAGCCCUGCAGGACUUGGCUUUGUUGUCUCAACACUCCCCAUCAAGAAGACAAGAAGUCUUUAGCCUGAGUCAGCCUGGUGGUCAUCCUCACAAUUGGAGUGCCAUAUGUAAGGAGUGUCUGUCUCUCAUCAAUGACCUCACUCAGAGGCUGGUGACUUACCAUGAAGUUGUUUCCUUCAAUGGGAGGGCCAAGCCACAGUCCAUCGGCAGAGAUCAGCAGUCCACCUCCUCAGACAGCUCAGUGGCAUCAGGUAUGGAAGAACUGGCAAAAACUCCCUGGGUGAGUUCAGCGAGCCACACCACUGGAGUUAUGCCCCUAAGAUCUUCUAUGACAGCCAUGUCCGGCCCCCAGGCAGCUGGCUUCACCCCCAAGUCUGAUAGCCCGUUUGCUUCUCCUGCCAUGAAGCGCCUGGUUGGGGGGCAGGACCCCUUCUCACCCUGGUUUGGCUCAGUGCAGAGCCCUCAUGUGACCAGGAGGAGGCCCAAGCUGUGGACUUCCUCUACAGCAGGGUCUCCUCUAAAUGGCAGUCCUUCAGCCUCCCCAGCUGAAUCGCCCAUCCCUUCUCCUGCCACGCGCACACCAAGCUUCCUCACCCUGUGGGUCCACAACCGACAGGAGCAGGUUAAAAAUUUCUUGGCUAAGCGGGCACUGAUAAUGUACUUAUUUAAUAAGCUUCCAGAAGCCUCAAGUCAAGCCCUUUUUGCUGACAGUCAAGCUCACAUUUGGGCGCUGGAAGGCUUAUCCCAUCUAGUUGUGGCCUCGUACACAGAAGACCGAUUUGGUGUGGUACAGACUACGUUUUCCAGCAUACUGAGCUCAAUGCUGAUUUUGCAAGAGGCAGUGGACAAGCACUUCAAGUUGCCCCAUGCCUCCAGCAAACCUGUACGGUCUUCCUUCAACCUUGAGGAUACAACCUACAAAACUCUACGUUUCGCACUGAGAGCAGCCCUGAAGACGGCCAUCUACAGGAUUACAACCACUUUUGGCCAGCACAUAUAUGCUGUGCAAAUGUCAGGAGAGCAUCGAAAGAGGCUCCAACAGUUCAUGGAGUACAGAGAGUAAUUCCACUGUCCUACAGAUUUGUGCCUUACUGCUGGAGGUGCUUAUUAAUCCACUGAGCCUUGAGACUUUAUAAAUAUUUUCGGUGGUCUUUUGGGUUCCAGUUGGGAUUUAAAGAUCUCAGAGUUUUUGGGAGGUUCUUGUCUCUCAUGAUUGGAUUGGUAUUAGUAUUACAGAGAUGACAUCAGUUUUAGUUUCCUUUUUUUUGUUUUGUUUGUUUUACAAAGUUUAUUUUCCAACUAAGAUAUGUAAUCUUGGAACUAUAUGCAUUCAGUUAACAACUUUGUUGUUUGGCAUAAAAAUAAAUAAAAAAAAUUUCCAAUUCA